GACGGAGCCGAAACCGCCGGCGAAAACAGUUCAACACGUCAAGGUAGUGGCCAAGCCAAGGAGAGGAAAAUUGCUUGAAGUGGCAUGUCGGAUGCUGGGAGCCUUUGGCCAGGAUUCUCAUUUCACAACCUGCCAAUGAAAAGUUUUCGCCAUUGUUUCUCUAAGAGACAGAAAUGUUCCACAUGAAGAUGUAGCCCUCCUUCAAUGGUGGACUAGGGAUGGCCCUUCUUCCCUUUUUUUUUUCUUCCAUUUUUUCAUGUGAGUUUGUGAGUAAAGAAAAGAAAAUUCACUGUGAAUUUCAAUCAACUAUACUAUUUAGUACAUAACUGUAAUUUUUCUUACAAUUUUUUUUUUUUUAAUUUAGAUCUUAUGUGAUGAGUAAGCUGGUUGAAAUGGCAACAUAGAUGGGGAGGAAUGCCUUGUUCUGUUAUUCUCCAUUCAAUAAUAAAAUUCAAAGCAGAAAUUUGUGCAAUACAAUAAAUCAGUAUUUUCCCCCUUGUAUCUUCA